AUGGAUCGUUCUCAAAAUCCUCUUGUGAAUAUUAAGAAAAAGUUCAUUGCUUUGAAUAUUUUUGAUGGUGUUCGAAUGCCCUCAAAGAGAUUUUUCUUAACAACAACUUCUUACUUGAUAUUCUGGUGGAUAAUUCAUCUUAAGAAUAUUUGCUUUGACUUUGUAAAUGAUACAAAAAAGCAGUUUUCAGCCAUCUACGGCUUUUGUGCAAUUUUCGAGUGCGGAUUCAUUAUCAUCACACGUACUCAAUCUUGGGUUUAUAGUCACAUGGGUGAUACUUUUGCAGGCUUGGACAGUUUGUAUGUUUCGUUGACUUAUCACUGUAUCGGGAAGUUGGCAGUUUGUUCUCAUCUUGCAUCAAACAUUAAUCAACACACAGAUGAGCAAUAUAUUUUGAAAUUAAUUAAAAAACAUUUGGAUGUUCUUGAUCUCAUUAAAGUUUCGGCGAAAUUUUAUAAUAAAUUGAAUUCUGUUCAACUUUGUGUAUCAUUCGGGGCAAUUGCCACCAGUAUGUACAACAUGAAACUCAAUUUUGAGAUACUGCUCAUUGUGCCUCUAAGUGCUGCUUUAAUUCAACUUUUCUUUUACUUCUAUGUGGGACAUCAGCUUUCAUCAAUGAACGCUCAACUUCAACAUUCAAUUUAUGGAUCAAAAUGGUACGAAAUAAAAAGUAUUUCCUUGAAGAAGAAAAUUUUAUUCAUGCUGAUGAUGAUGCAACAUGAUAAAGGCUAUUCAGUCAUGGGGCUUACAACUAUUAUGAAUUUUGAAAGUUAUUUAGAUGUCAUGAAGCAAAACCCAUUGCGUUUAUCUAUUACUUCGAGUUCACAACAGUGGCGACGAGGAUUAAAAAUAACAGUUUAA